GACAGCACAUUUUUCACCCUUUUCUCACCAUGCUCCUAUCUGCCCACCCAGCAUACUGGUAGUGCUUUUAUGAGGGGUUUACUCAGACGAAAUGGAAGGCCUUGGUUUCUCCACCUUGUCUAAUCUCUCCUUCCUGGUAAAUCAGACAGAAGCUCCACGGUAUUACUUUCAGGGACUUUCACAUCUCAUCACUUCUCAUUCACUGUUGAGAAAUCAACAGUUGACUCCCAGUCAUCUCAGAAUUCCAUCCUUGACUGUACAGACCUCCCCUGGCAUGACUUGAAGCCGUUUCCUCUUGUCCUGUUGCUCGUUAUCUGGGAGAAGAGACUGACUGCCAUCUUACUGCAGCCUCCUUUCAGGAUGGACGCUUGACAUUUUAUCCAGGAAAUCUGACUGUGGAUUUGCCUUUCAUGAAUUUUAUGAAGAGAUAUGGCACUGUCUUUCUCAAUGCCUAUACCAAUUCUCCAAUUUGUUGUCCUUCCCGCGCAGCUAUGUGGAGUGGUCUUUUCACUCAUUUAACAGAAUCUUGGAAUAACUUCAAAGGUCUAGAUCCAGAUUAUGUAACGUGGAUGGAUCUCAUGGGGAAGCAUGGCUACCGCACACAGAAGUAUGGGAAGUUGGACUAUACUUCUGGACAUCAUUCAGUAAGUAACCGUGUGGAAGCUUGGACUAGAGAUGUUGACUUCCUGCUGCGGCAAGAAGGGAGACCCAUGGUAAAGCUUACUGGUGACAGGAAGCAUGUGAGAGUGAUGGAAGCAGAUUGGCAGAAUACUGAUAAAGCAGUGAAAUGGAUAAAGGAAGAGGCCAUUAACUUUACUCAACCAUUUGUUCUUUACUUGGGACUAAAUUUGCCACACCCAUAUCCAUCACCCUAUGCAGGAGAAAAUUUUGGAUCCUCUACAUUUUUAACAUCUCCCUAUUGGCUUGAAAAGGUAACUUAUGAAGCUAUUAAAAUACCCAGAUGGUCUUCUUUUUCAGAGAUGCAUCCAGUAGACUAUUACUCGUCUUACACCAAGAAUUGCACAGGAGAGUUUACAAAGCAAGAAGUGAGAAAUAUUAGAGCAUUUUAUUAUGCUAUGUGUGCAGAGACAGAUGCCAUGCUGGGUGAGAUUAUUUCAGCUCUGGGAGAUACUGGGCUACUUAAAGAAACAGUUGUUAUAUUCACUGCAGAUCAUGGAGAACUUGCCAUGGAACACCGGCAGUUCUAUAAAAUGAGCAUGUAUGAAGGAAGUUCGCAUGUUCCUCUUCUAGUUAUGGGGCCAGGCAUAAAAGAACAGCAGCAAAUACCAAAUGUGGUAUCUCUUGUGGAUAUAUAUCCAACUAUGCUUGAUGUAGCAAGAAUUCCUGUGCCACAGAACCUCAGUGGAUAUUCGCUUACACCGCUGCUACGUGGAAAGGCUGAAAAUGAAGCGUCAGCCAGAGGGCUUCGGCCCUCAUGGGUGCUGAGCGAGUACCACGGAUGCAAUGUCAAUUCUUCCAUGUACAUGCUUCGAACUGGCAAAUGGAAAUAUAUCGCGUACUCAGAUGGCCAUUCAGUACUUCCACAACUGUUUGACCUUACUGCUGAUCCAGAUGAGCUAACAAAUGUUGCCGUAAAAUUCCCAAUAAUUGUACAUUCCUUGGACACACUACUUCGCUCAAUAGUAAACUAUCCAAAUGUUUCUUCUUCUGUUAAGGAGUAUAACAAAAGACAGUUUAUCAGUUGGAAACAAAGUUUGGGCCAGAAUUACUCAAAUGUUAUUGCCAACCUUAGGUGGCAUCAAGACUGGUUAAAGGAACCAAAAAAAUAUGAGAAUGCAAUUGACAAGUGGCUUAGUCAAAGUAAAUAAAAACCACCUAGAUUUUAUAUAACUAAUGAUAUGAAAACAUUCUGCAUUUGUAAUAUUAUGCUAUAUUUCAAGUAUUACAGUUAUUCUUAUAUAAGCUAUUGACAGCAAAGAUGCCCAAACAAUUACUGCUUUGUGUGAGAAAGCCAAAAGCAUUUUAUGUAACUAGCCAGCGCAACAAAUCUAGAUUUUUAGAUACUACAGUUCUGUAACACUUAAGUGUAUGUAGGAAGGAUAGUACUUAAGUACUAAUUGCAUGUAUGGAAUAUUUACCUGGUUGCAAAAAUGCAGAGUAUUAAGCAUUAGAACUCACCACAAAUUUUCAUUUCUAAGGACAGACUAAAGCAAGGAUUAUAAAAUUUAGUGGAGUCGGAUACCAAUUACAGUGGAAUGUGCUGGAGCCAACUUUCCAUCAAGGCAGAUUUUAAGUCUACAAUGAAUACACAUUCAUCCACCUUCGAGAAGCUAUAGUGGUUAAAAUAUAAUCAGAAAGUUAACAGCUAGUACUGGUCUGAAUAUGGAUGCAGUUUAUUCGAGUAUUUACUGUGUCAGCAUUCCUGUUUCAUAUGUGGUUGACUCCAUCUUUUCAAGAUUGGCUUUCUAUCUCUUGCUUUUGGAUCUGGUACUUAUCACUCCUUGCUGUUCAAAUAAAUUUCAUAAUAUGCAUAGGCUACUAGUUGAACACAUGUGCAGGUGAAGAGGAAUCUGGUCACUGUCAGAAAUUAAAAAAACCCACAAAACAAACAAACCCCUCUGAUGAUAAGUAAUAGUCUGAUUCGCAUAGCAUAAGAUGAAAGCUUCUUGAAUAAAUCUCCAUUAUGCAGUGAGAUUCUGCAGGCAUAUGUUUUAAUGUGCAUCAGUGCGUGGAGAACUGGAACCUGAAAUGUACACAGAGGAGACAAAACUGAAGCUUGGAGAAAAAGUUAACAUAAAAAUACUAUUUGACAUUUUUUGAGGGAUGUGACCAAAAAAAAAAAAAAGCAGUUUUUGAAGAUGGAAGAUUUAGCUGGUAACUCUUCUGCUUAAGAAAAACAUAAUUGUAGCCGCACUUAGGUUUACUUAUUCUUGAUCACAGUUGUUGCUGCUAUAGUAACAACUCAGGAUGACAUUAUACUUCCUGCGUGAAUGCUUUCUAGAAUCUGUAAUGAAGUGCUCACCAGUAGCAGUAAGCUAGUAAAAAUAAACUUGAAAAAUACUUGUGUUUUCUGACAGCUAAGCACUCCACAUGCAUUUCAUAAAUUACUUCCCACACUAGAAUUAGAAUGUUUUAGCUGUUUUCUACAUCUGUGUUCAUAGGACAUUAAGCCUAACCGUACACUACUUACUGCUAUGGUAGCAUGUUUUCCAGGUUAUUUGGGGUUUUUUGUGGGCAAGGAACAAAUUAAUAGUUUUUAAAAACCCUUCAGACACUGUAGCACAUGUCGUUAUAAUUCUUGCUAAAAUGAGUUCAGAUAGCAAUGAAAUUAUUUUAAAAAAACCCAUGUCUUAGUGGUGUAAUGUAAAGCAGCUGCAUAAGUAGAGAAAAUAAACAUAUCCCUAUGAAAGCUUCUUCAGGAGGGAAAAGAACAAAUAAACUUCACUUGUCAGAGAGUACAUUGUACAGAAUGUAUUAAAAUAAAAUUAUGGUGAACUGGAUGUGUUUUGUGUGUGCUUUUUUAACGACUGAAUGUUUAAAGAAUUACUAGGGAAAAUUGUAUUCUGUCAGUUCUGCAGACAGUGGUUUCUGUAAAGACACGAGCUUGUAAGAUGCAUUUCUUUGUAAGUAUUAAGCUUACAAAAGUGCAGUUUGUGAUACUCUGUGAAAUGGAAAAAAAACCUGGAAAAACAAACUUCUUACCAGAAUUCCUUGCAAAAACUUAUUUUAUCACAGACUGUCCAAAGAAGCCCAGUGCAUGGGAGCAGGUUUCCAGAAAACGCAGGAAAGCCCAGGAAUGCGCCGGCUUGCAAGUAGAGCUACCGCAUCAGGAGGUAGGGAUACCCCCUCGCAAGGCAAUUCUAUGGCAUGUGAGCCAACCAGCAGUGGAUUGUGAUCGGAUCCUAAGUCUGUCUAGUACUUGUUUUUAUACCUGGUCAUCUUAAAAUGCUUAUUUAAAGAGAAGAUAGUGACUUGUUUGUUAAAAGCAAACUUUGAGUUUUGCAAGUUAUUACUUGCCUGUGAACCUUUGUUCUGAAGAGUCAGGAGAGAAGGCAAAAGCCCCCUAAUGCCUUCCAACCUCUGUUUGCAAUGAACAAUCUACCUGUGUCAGUGCAGAAUUGAGCUAAUUUUCAGUCCAAAACAGACGCAUUUAUCAUACUCGGUUACUCUGCCUUACUGUGCUAACGCAUCUGCAUUAUUGUAACACAAACCGAGUGAGGUUUGCAAUCUGCAAGGCUGGCCAGCUAACGAAGGGCAAACCCCCCUGUUUUUCAAACGUGCUAAACAACUUACGUAGUAUUAACAGUGAAGAGACACAGUGCAGUGAAAGGGAGAAGGGGGCAGGCUGGAAUGCCAGCAGGUCCAGAUGUAUUUAUUAGAUGUAGCCAGGUCAAUUCAGCCUCUUCAGAUUUACCUCUGACUACCAAGGGCUUCUGAACCUUCCUUUUUACCUGCAAGUGUUCACAAAGGCAGGAGAGGUGCUACUGACCAGAUGAACAAAAAAGGGAAUUACUUUUGCAAAUGCAAGUUCCUAGAUGUCACCAGAUAGGUACAAGACUGCCACUGUGAAUUUGCCAACAAAUCACAUGAGAAUAACCUGCUGCCUUUGUCAGGAUAAUUAGCCGAGUUGGUAAGAAAUAAAUCAGAGGGGAAAUCCAGACUUUGAAUGCACUUGGGCAAUGGUCUACCUGAUCUUAAUUUAAGCAAGGAAUGGCAACAGAGUAGAUAAAAUUACUGUAAGUUAGCUUCACAACUGGCUAAAAUAAAGCUCAGUAGUAGGUACCAAAAAUUAAAGACAGAAGGCUGAUCAAAUAAGGUCUGCAAGAACGUGGUGUAGUACUGUUGGUACUUUUUUAGUUAGUAAUUUGAAUGCAGGAUUCGGCACUUCUAUUAAAUGUGAGAAAAUGCACCCUGGGAGAACAGUCAGCACUUCUGAGGACAGGCUAAAACUAAAGUAGUCUCGAUUAGCUGGAAAAAUAAUUUGCAAUCAGUCAGGUGAAGUUUUUCAUGGAUUAGUCGUGGUCAAAAUGAAGGGAAAAUAUUUAAAAUGGUGAACAACAAACUUUCUAGGCUGCAGUUUUGCAGCAAAAAAACAAACAAGCAAACAAACAAAAAAAAAAACCAGAACACAUGCCUGGAGAUUUUUGAGAACCAGGAGAGGAGUAUGAAUCAACAGCGUGAUGUGGCGACAAAGGAAGACAGUGACGUUUGAGGAUCAUUUAAUGAAAAGACACAAGAGGCAAUUACUUUAUUAUCACUAGUGAAUCUCCUAAAAAAAGGGUAUUGUCUCCACUUUGUGGCUUUGUCUCUUAAGGCCAUAAAGAGAUGAGAGGAUUUGUAAGAAAAUACUAUAAAUAAUGGACCUGUGAAUCAUAUUAGGUGUGUUUCAUCCAUCAGACAAACUUGACAAGUCCUCAACUAUGACUAAGGCUCAUACAGGAGCACCACAAGCGCUGCCACUGAGAGCGGAAAAAGUUUUUCUGGUAGGGCUGUUCUGAUGAGCUGUCUGGAGAGAAAGAAAGGACUUUUAAGUGCUUAGACAUGUAAACAGCCUGUCAAGCUAUCUAAACUCUGUCACUGGAAUUUAAUAAAAAAUGUUGAAAUUAUUUGUCAAGAAUGGCCAAGGUAUGUGUGAUCCUGCACUAGAUCAGGGAGCCAGAACAAAUGCCUGCAGGAUGCUCUUCACAGCCCCUUUCUGCGUGAUUUCAGCUUCACCACUAUUUAUUUCUUUCUGAAUGAAGUUCAGUCCCAUCUACACAGCCCAGUUUCACCUCUACUCACCUUUGUAAUGACCCUUUGUCAGCAGCAGUAAUUAUGAGCAGACACCAAUUACUGUAAAGAUAAAUAAAAACAUCACAUGA